UUUUUGGUUUCGCCCAACCUGGCCUGAACAGCAGCGCUUCAGCCUUUAUCUUGGUGCCACUGAUGAUGAUGAGGAUGCUUCUCUCCAUCUCUAAAUGAUUUCACAGGAAACCGACCACAGCUGUACGGCUGCGCGAUGAAUACACUGGCUUUUAACAGGCAUAACUCUGGAAUAUCUGUGAUUAUGGAUAUCUUGUACUUUCUAUGGAUGCUGCCGUCGGUGUGGGCUGUCGAAGAGGUACUAAUGGAUUCAACAACAGCAACAGCAGAACUGGGCUGGACCACCUACCCAUCUCAAGGGUGGGAAGAAGUUAGUGGAUACGAUGAAAAUAUGAACACCAUCCGAACAUACCAGGUGUGCAAUAUCUUUAAUAGCAGCCAAAACAACUGGGUCCGGACCAAAUACAUCCGUCGCCGUGGUGCUCAGCGUAUCCAUGUCCAGAUGAAAUUUUCAGUACGGGACUGUAGUUCUAUACCCAAUGUCCCUGGCUCCUGCAAGGAAACCUUCAACCUCUAUUUCUUUGAAUCUGACUUGGAUAAGGGCACUAAAUUAUACCCACCCUGGAUGGAAAACCCAUGGGUUAAAGUGGACACUAUUGCAGCCGACGAGAGCUUCUCUCAGGUCGAUCUCGGUGGCCGCAUCAUGAAGAUCAACAGUGAAGUUCGAAGCUUUGGACCUGUUUCGCACAAUGGCUUCUAUCUUGCUUUCCAGGAUUAUGGUGCCUGCAUGUCACUCAUUGCUGUCCGAGUCUUCUACAGGAAAUGUCCCCAUAUAAUCCAGAAUGGAGCUGUUUUCCCUGAGACACUGUCAGGAGCAGAGAGCACCUCUCUUGUGGCAGCCAGAGGAGUGUGUGUUCCUAAUGGGGAGGAGGUGGAUGUACCCAUCAAGCUGUACUGUAAUGGGGAUGGGGAGUGGACGGUACCUAUUGGCCGCUGUAUGUGUAAAGCUGGAUACGAGGCUGUGGCGAAUGGUACAGUCUGCAAAGCAUGUAUUACAGGCUUCUUCAAGGCUGCUCAGGGAGACCACAAAUGUUUACAGUGCCCCAUUAACAGCCGGACCACCAGCGAGGGAGCAACUAACUGUGUCUGUCGCAAUGGCUACUAUCGCACUGAAUCUGACCCUCAACAGAUGCCUUGUACCACUGUUCCAUCUGCACCACAAAAUGUCAUCUCCAUAGUAAAUGAGACUUCUCUGAUGCUGGAGUGGAGCCCACCAAAGGAGAGUGGUGGCCGAGAAGAUGUAGUUUACAACAUCAUAUGUAAGAGUUGUGGCAGCGGCCGCAGCGGCUGCACCCGCUGUGGUGACAACGUACAGUUUAUCCCACGUCAGCUGGGACUCACCAACACCCGAGUACAUAUCAGUGACCUCAUGGCUCACACGCAGUACACAUUUGAAAUACAAGCUGUCAAUGGAGUGUCUGAUCAGAGCCCUUAUUCACCACAGUACACAUCUGUCAACAUCACCACAAACCAGGCUGCACCAUCAAUAGUGUCCAUCAUCCACCAGGUUAGCAGAACUCCUAACAGCAUCACUCUGUCCUGGUCCCAGCCAGAUCAGCCCAAUGGUGUUAUUCUGGACUAUGAACUGCAGUAUUAUGAGAAGAACCAAGCAGAAUGGAACUCAUCUCUAACGAGGAGUCAGACCAACACCGCAGUCAUACGGGGCUUAAGGCCUGGAACCAUAUACGUGUUUCAGGUCCGGGCUCGGACUGUCGCUGGAUUUGGACGCUUCAGUGGUAAAAUGUACUUCCAAACCAUGACUGAAGAAGAAUAUAACUCCAUUAUGCAGGAGAAGCUCCCCCUCAUCAUUGGUUCAUCUGCUGCAGGGGUUGUCUUUAUUAUUGCCAUCACUGUCGUCAUAAUUGUUUGUCGCAGCAAAAGAAAUUCUGACAGACCAGAAUCUGAAUAUACAGACAAACUCCAACAUUACACCAGCGGUCACAAAGUGUCACCGGGAAUGAAGAUCUACAUUGACCCCUUCACAUAUGAAGAUCCCAAUGAAGCGGUUAGAGAGUUUGCUAAGGAGAUUGACAUUUCCUGUGUAAAGAUUGAACAAGUGAUUGGAGCAGGAGAGUUUGGAGAAGUGUGCAGUGGAAACCUCCGACAGCCUGGGAAAAGGGAGAUAUUGGUGGCCAUCAAGACUUUAAAGGCAGGGUACACUGAACGCCAGAGGAGGGACUUUUUGAGUGAAGCAUCUAUCAUGGGUCAGUUUGAUCAUCCCAACAUCAUCCAUCUGGAGGGAGUGGUUACCAAGAGUAGCCCUGUAAUGAUCAUCACUGAAUUCAUGGAGAAUGGAUCCCUUGACUCAUUCCUCAGGCAAAAUGAUGGGCAGUUCACAGUGAUACAGCUGGUGGGAAUGCUGCGCGGCAUUGCAGCAGGAAUGAAAUACUUGUGUGACAUGAACUAUGUCCAUCGAGACCUGGCAGCGAGGAACAUCUUGGUCAACAGCAACCUAGUGUGCAAAGUGUCUGACUUUGGCCUGUCACGUUUCCUUGAAGAGGAUACUUCAGACCCCACUUACACCAGUGCUCUGGGGGGAAAGAUUCCCAUCAGGUGGACAGCACCAGAGGCCAUUCAGUACAGGAAGUUCACCUCCUCAAGUGACUGCUGGAGCUAUGGCAUAGUCAUGUGGGAAGUGAUGUCAUAUGGAGAGAGGCCCUACUGGGACAUGAGUAAUCAAGAUGUAAUCAAUGCCAUAGAGCAGGACUACAGGUUGCCACCCCCUAUGGAUUGUCCUAGUGCACUACAUCAGCUAAUGCUUGACUGCUGGCAGAAAGAUCGCAACAACCGACCCAAAUUCAGCCAGAUUGUCAGCACACUGGAUAAGAUGAUCCGCAAUCCAAACAGCCUGAAGGCCAUGACACCACUGUCAUCAAGUGUUCAUUUAGCUCUGCUUGACCGCAGCACUCCAGAUUUCUCCUCUUUCAGCACCGUCGAUGAGUGGCUGGAUGCCAUAAAAAUGGGCCAGUACAAGGAGAACUUCACCAGUGAAGGCUUCACCAGCUUUGAUGUGGUGUCUCAAAUGACCAUGGAGGAUAUCCUCCGAGUGGGAGUGACAUUGGCUGGUCAUCAGAAGAAGAUUCUGAACAGCAUCCAGUCAAUGAGGGCCCAGAUGAACCAGAUCACCUCUGUGGAAGUGUGAUCUCAUAGACCAGAAGCACAAAGACUGUUUACUACAGGAAGUCCAGCUGCCAGUAACCAUGCAUUGAGGAACACAGACACUGUGACUUCAGUUGAACCUCAGAUUCACUUUUCCUCCUUCCAAACACUCUCCAAAGGCUUCCAUCAGUAUGCAGCACAGCACAGAUGUUGAUUAGUUUUCUUGAAGCUGCUGUAUAUUCAGGUAACAGUCAUUUUGGGGGCUUUUUGGCCAUCACAAUCAUCAAACUGCUACAGUACAGUCAUGUGUAUUGUUAAUGUUCCAUCACUCUUCCACUCUCUCCACUACCAGCAACUUAAGUUAUUCUUAAGAAUUAAUGUCCUAAAAUUGGCCUUGCACUUUGAAUUUUAUGCAAGGAACCUACUGUCACAGUGAAAGAUGAUAUUAAAAGCAGCAUAGCAGGACUCAAUGAACUGGCUGGUGCAAAUUACAACUUAUACGUUAAGUUGAGCAUAUUUAUUUAUAGCUGCCACCUUCACCUUACUGCUACCUCUGUACCACAGUAAUUGUGGCAUUUUUCGUAACUAUGUAAAGUUUCUUAAUUAUGUAAAGCUGCAAAUCAGAACUUUUUGUCAGAUCAAACCCAGUUUUUGGUACAGGCAAUUGAACAUUUACAUAGAUUGUAUGGUGUGAAUUUGAAUAAGGAAGCAUUGGCUAACUAUGACCCUUAUAUUAUUCAGCUACAAUGUAGAUGAACACACUUCUACUACCAGCAGCAACAGGUGCCAAAUACAUAUCUAUCUAUCUAUCUAUCUAUCUAUCUAUCUAUCUAGAUAGAUAGAUAGAUAGAUAGAUAGAUAGAUAGAUAGAUAGAUAGAUAGAUAAAUUCUAUCUAUCUAUCUAUCUAUCUCACUGUCCCAUUUACUGCAGAAACUGUGAUACAAAACUUACAAAUAUGAUUCUCGGUUCUGUACAUGUGUUUUGGGGUUAAAGGUUUACAAGUUUUCAUGUUUUAUAGAAAAUUGUUCAAGAGAAAUACCUUUUACACCCAGUUGUUGUCUUGUACAUAUCAGUAUAUAUUUUUCUUUUUAAAAAAGACUGCUCUUUUAUUUGGCACUUUUAUAGCUGUUAAACAAAUUUCUUUUCAAUGUUUCUUAUUCUGGCUUGCCAUCAAAAGCAAAUUGGGAUUUAGUGUCUUGCCAAAGGACAGGUCUAAAUGAUGAGGCAACUGAACUACAAACACUAUAUUUAGUGACUCAACAUUACUUGAGCUAUACCUUCCCAAAUGGUGUCUGGCCACAAUCUAAUUUCAACACCCGCAUCAGCAAUUAUUAUUCUAGCCUCAAAGUGAUUUAAAAAACAUUCAAAUGUCCUGCAGAUUUUGAAAUAUAGAAAUUUUAAAAUGUCAAUUCAAAUGUCUCUAUAUUUUGCAAUCUAACAAAGGCUGUAUGCAGAGGAGUGCUUUUCAAGACAAGUCAUUUUCAGAAUAUGAAAAGUAACACAAAAUUUAAUUAUGUGCUUGUUACACCCCGGCUCUGCUAGGCGACAGGAGAGGUAACAUAAAUGAGCCCAGAGACAGGAGACAGGAGGGUCAGAUUAAAAAACACAAGGUUUAUUACCACAACUGAAAACCAUUAGUGAAACAACUCACAAGGCAAUUAGGCAAUUUAAACAAACCAAAAAACAACUCUCAUACAUUCAAAUAACACAAGAACACUAAUCAUCUCAAAGGCAGCAACUCAAUAACAGAGGCUGAAAAGGCAGAGGCGCAGCGGCAGGAGGGACAGCCUACGCAGUCUGUUCAAAUCAAAGAGUCCCCCCACGAGUGAAGAAUCCUCAGCCUUUUGUACUCCCAGGUAAACGCAGGCAGCCGCGUCAUUGGUCCGCUGCGUCCAAGGAUCCGCAGCAGCCAAUGGUUUGUGUGGACUGGCACACUCCGAUCUGCAUGCAGUUGGGUGGGCAUAGGUCCCCGGCCAGCCAAUCACCUGUGAGCCCUGGCACGCUUGAAUUUCCAAGGUGUUUUUCAGUUGUCUAAAAUAUAUCUCUGUAAGGACAGUGCAACCAACUGUUGCUCCAUCCAACCCUUCAUUUUCUUCCACUUAACUAGGGCCAGGACCAAAUUGCAGGGGUAGUAGCCUAAGUAGAGAAGACAAGACUUCUCUCUCCACAGCCACCUCCUCUGGGGGAAAACCAAGGCAUUUCCAGGCCAGCUGAGAGACUUAAUGUCUGUAGUGUGUCUUGGGUUUAUCUCAGUGCCUCCUCCCAGUAUGACAUACUUAGAACAGCUUGCUCAGGAGGUAUCCUAGUCAGAUGCCUAAACCCCUUAUAACACAGGUGUCGAACUCCAGGCCUCGAGGGCCGGGGUCCUGCAGGUUAUAGAUGUGUCCUUGAUCCAUCACAGCUGAUUUAAAUGGCUAAAUGACUUCCUCAACAUGUCUUGAAGUUCUCGAGAGGCCUGGUAAUGAACUAAUCAUGUGAUUCAGGUGUGUAGACCCAAGGUGAGAUCGAAAAUCUGCAGGACCCCGGCCCUUGAGGCCUGGAGUUCGACACCCUUGCCUUAUAAGCUGGUACCUUUUGGUGUGGAGGAGUAGUGGCUCUACUCGGAGUCCCUCCCUAAUGACUUAACUCUUUGGAGAAGGUUAAACUGCUCCAGUGUGAGCUAUAGGCCGCCACCUGAUAAAGUCAACAGAACCACAUCAACUGCAAAAAGCAGAGACAAGAUCCUGAAGCCACCACAGUGGAAGCCUGAGAAAUUCUGUCCAUAAAAAUUACUGCCAGCAGUGUAACCAAGUUCUCACUGUGGUUUGAACAGUGACCAGAUAAGGACUUUCUAUCAUAGUCUUUUUUUGUUUGUUUGUUUCUUGUUGUCUUUCUUUUUUCUGUUAUAUUUCUGUUUUUGUUUAACAAUGUAUUCUCAAGAUAGUCCACAAGAUACAUGUGGACUGGUUUGAGACCCUGAACUGUGCAUUGAGAUGAGAGCAACUAUAUCCAGUCACUCCUGUGAGUGGUAAAUUCAAGUGGGUGGGCACAUGUCCCUUCUAUGGGCUGGACACAGCCAGACACCAUGGGCUUUGGCCUGGGCACAAGACAUCACCCUCCCCAGGCCUCACUCCAGGUCAUGGUUAUACCCCAAUGGUUAUUUAAUUUAAAAAAAAAACAAACAAACAAAAAAAAAAAAACAGUUAACAUUUGAAUGGCAUUUCAGAACCAAACUUAUAAUCCUGAUUUUUUUUUUCUUUUUUUUUAAGUUAUUACACUUUAUUUGAUGUUCUUGUUCUUCAGUUUGGCCUUUCAGCUAAAAAUAUUGGAUAACUGAAUAAAUAACAGAUCUUAUAAUUAAAAAGCUGAGAGUAAAGAAAUACAUUUUUUUAAGGAUUUUCCAUUUAACUUUCAGCUUAGUCAUGCCUACACCCAAAAACAUUCUGCAGUUAGAAUAUUAUUAUUUAAAUGCUCUAAAUGUCAUGGCACAAUGAAUACAUACUCAGAUUGUAUUAAAUAUGUAGUUAGCCAUUUAAAAGGUACCUAUACAGUCUCUCUGUUUUACAUUUAAUUCCUUUGGUGGACUUUUGCCUCAAAAGAAGAAGGUCGUGAGUUCAACUCCACUAUCUGGCCGGGGCCUUUCUGUGUGGAGUUUGCAUGUUCUCACCAUGUUGGCAUGGGUUCUUUCUCCCUGUAUUCCGGCUUUCUCCCACAGUCCAAAGACAUGCAGUUAGUGGGUUAGGUAAAUUCUUCAUUCUAAAUUGUCCAUAGGUGUGAAUGUGAGUGUGAAUGGUUGUCUGUCUCUAUGUUAGCCCUGCAACAGAUUGGAGACCUGUCCAGGAAUACCCCACCUCUCACUCUAUGGCAGCUGGGAUAGUCUCCAGCUCCCCUGUGACCCCGAUAAGAAAAAGUGGAAGAGAAUGGAUGGAUGGAUGGAAUUCGGUGUGCUUCCAUAAAGUUGAGUUUCAAAAUAAAAGCAGUGAGCUAAGAUUCAUUUUUGGAUUUGAGAGCAGUAUUCAGUUGUUUAAACAGAAACCCCAUUCUCUUGCAUUCUUCUUCACAUGCAUUGCGCUUCUAAACUGAUCCACGCUGCUAGGCAUGGGCAUGAGAAGUUUGAUAGUAUACAUCUAUGAUGCAUCAUUAAAAGUGUCUUGGAGAACUUAGAAUAGUUUAUCUGUGGAUUAAAUCUGUCAACAGAUGGGUGAUCUAAGAGGCCACAAUAAAUGAAUAUGAGGCUUACUUUGAAAA